UAAUGUCGCAAACCAUCAAGUACCUGCUAUCGGAGCACCCAAACAUCGUAAACUUCCGGUGGAACACCACCCACUUAUGGGGUUCCACUUGGUACUUCCUCUUCACCGCCAUCCCCGCCUACAUCGCCGCCGCCAGCGCCCUCCACCUCAUACUCACCCUCUUCCGCCGCCAUGAUCGCCCUGUCUCCCUCGGCCCAAUCCCGGCAGUCCACAGCCUUGUCAUGGCACUCAUCUACGCCGUCAUCUUCACCGGCAUCCUCGUCUCCUCUGUCGCCGAGAUUCGCGAUACCCGCUGGUUGUGGCGGCGCACCAAGACCACUCCCUUCCAGUGGCUCCUCUGCUUCCCACCCGGCACCCGCCCUUCCGGCCGCGUCUUCUUCUGGUCCUACGUCUUCUACCUCUCCCGGUUCCUCCACCUCCUCCGCACAUUCUUCACCAUCCUCCUCCACCGCCGCCUCACCUUCUUCCACCUCUUCAACCAGUCUAUCCUCAUCUUCAUGUCGUUCCUCUGGCUCCAAUACUCGCAAUCGUUCCAGGUCCUCGCCAUACUCUCCACCACUCUGCUCUACUCCAUCGUCUACGCCUACCGGUUCUGGACCGGAAUCGGGCUCCCCGGGGCGUGCUUCCCGUUCGUGGUGAACUGCCAGGUGGUGCUGCUAGUCUACAACUUGGUCUGCCACGUCGGCGUGCUUUCCCUGCACAUUUUGAAAGGGGGCGGGUGCAACGGGAUCGGAGCUUGGCUCUGCAACUCCGUCCUCAACGGCGCGAUUCUGUUGCUGUUCUUGAAAUUCUACGUGGAAAAGUAUUUGAAGAAUUCAACGGCGGUUGAUGAGGUUGUGAAUCCGGCCACGCAUUUGGGAUCUGGGUCGGAGUCAAAGCGUGAGCUGCUCGUUAAAGAAAACUAGAAAAGUAUUGUCAAUGGUAAUCUUAGUAGUAUAAAAAUUUCGAUAGAAUUAUCUGAUUACGUUAGUUCUCGAAACCUUUUGGACAAGCAAAAUGCCUUACGAGUGGCGUGAUUCGGCUUUCCCAACAAAGUAUAAGGUUUUCUUUUUUGUAAUUUUUUUUUUUUGUUUUAGUAGGUUAUAGGCGUUCAUCUCGAAGCGAAAGCCUUGUUGACUUAAGAGUCCAUCUUUAAUGGUAGAUGGAAAUAAGCAAUAUUGUGAAUAUGAUAUAUAUUUUCCUUAAUAAAUUGAAAUGUGAAUUUUUA